AAUCUUUUGCUUCUUCUUCUUCUUCAAUUUUUGAUCUUCAAUCUCCUUCAGUACUUCAUUUCAAACUCCCUUCCCAUGUCUUCUUUAAUUCCUCUAUCGUGCAACCCUCCUUUUCUUCACUUUUCUUCCCAUGUAAAUUUCGUUCCUUCCAAACCCUCAUCUCUCUCUCUCCCUCCUUCGAAUCUCUUCCUCUGCUUCUCCUCUUCUUCUUCUUCCAACAAUUCCUCAAACUUCGACCGCGAAGAAGCCAGGUGGCUUCGCGAGGAACAACGAUGGCUCCGAGAAGAGCAACGCUGGUUAAGAGAGGAGCAGCGGUGGCUAAACGAGAAAGAGUCGCUGCUCCGACAGAUCUCCCAACUCAAGCUUCAAAUCCAAGCCUUGGAGAACCAGAAUUCGGUUCACGGAGCUUCGGCUUCGGAGACGAUAUCCCGUAUCGGAGCUUUACUGCAGGUGUUGAAAGAGAAGGGUCAGAUUGCGGAAAGCGGAGAGAGCGCGAGGGAGAUGGUUUUGGAAGAAGUGAAAGAGAAAGAGGUGAUUGUGGAAGAAGGAGUUGAGAUUUUGGAAAACAAGGAAAAUGUGGUUCAAAAGAAGAUAGAAACGUUGAGAGUAGGCAGCGAAGGGGAUCAAGUUCGAGAAAUGCAGGAGGCGUUAGAAAAACUGGGUUUUUACUCUGGUGAGGAAGACAUGGAAUUCUCCAGCUUCUCCAGUGGGACUGAGCGUGCUGUGAAAACUUGGCAAGCAACAAUAGCUGCCCGUGAAGAUGGAAUAAUGACUGCAGAACUUCUUCAAAAGUUAUUCGGAGAACAGAAAAUCAGGAGUUCUAGCUCAACCAACUUUGCAACUAUUCUGAACAAGGAGGGGACCAAUGGAACUGCAAUUGCUUCUUUGACUGAAAUCUCGGAGAUAGAACAGAAAGUUGUGAAAGAGGAAGGUUCCACUAAAGCUGAGGUAUCUCAACAUCGAGUUUUUCUUCUCGGAGAAAAUCGGUGGGAAGAUCCUUCUAGACUUACUAACAAGAAUAAACAAGCCUCAGAAACUAAGAACAAAGAUGGCAAAACAAUGUGCCAUGCUUGUCGUGGAGAAGGUCGAAUAAUGUGCACAGAAUGCGAUGGAACAGGUGAACCAAACAUUGAAGAACAGUUUUUGGAUUGGGUGGAGGAGGGAGCAAACUGUCCAUACUGUGACGGCCUUGGGUAUGCUACUUGUGAUGUAUGCGAAGGAAAAGCAGUUGUUUAGAAAUAAGAAAUCCAGACAAGUUCAAGAACAAAUACACAGCCGGUGCCACAAUUUGAACUACAAUGGAAGAUCCUUCUUUAUUAUUGUGAAUAAAGAAGAU